AUGACGGGUCGUCCUGGUUGCGUGCGCGUGCGCGUAAGCACCAAGGAACCUCUUCCGACAGCUCAAUUCUGGAUAGCAGUGAAAGAGAACUAUGAUCUUGAAAUGCUUCGGACACAUGUGGCGCGCACACUUGAAUCCCACUAUGAUACUGUUGUGGAUCCUGCCACUCUGAACGUCGCAAUCCAUGACUUUGACCUGUGUGACGAUGUUGGCCAAAUACUUCAGGAAGGCGAUCUUAUUACUGUUUCAAAUUUGAAGCGACGAAAAACGUUGGUUCAAGAACAUGAGACUUCAGGUCCCACCAAACCUGUGGUGGACCCAGAAACAGAACGUGCUAUCAUGGCAGAAGCUAACAGGAUCUCGCUUCUCAUGCGCUCCCAGCAUCAUGAGGCACCUUUGAUGAAAAAGACGCUUGGCACGAAGCGCAAGCUAUCCACGCCUAUGACGUCGACGUUUACGCACCGAACGCAGCGUCCCCAACUGGUCCAUGACAUUUUGGACGAUGUGGAGCAAGCUGAUUUGAACGACGAGCUGAAUGAAAUUGAUGACGUCGACGAAAAUGACUAUGUUGACGAAAAUGACUAUGACGAUGUUGUUGGUGAUUCUCCAUCGGUAGGUAAUGAACUAUUCAGAAACGAAGAGAACGGACAAGAGCAAGGCCAAGUUUGUUCAAAAGACAGCGCUACAGCGGAAAAUCCUAUUGCUUCUAAAUCAGAAUCAAGGUCAGAUUCUGGCUCGGACUCCUCAGACUCAAACUCGGAUUCAGACGCCAGUUCCGAAUCAGACUCCUCAGACUCAAGCUCGGAUUCAGACGCCAAUUCCGAAUCAGACUCCUCAGACUCAAGCUCGGAUUCAGACGCCAAUUCCGAAUCAGACUCCUCAGACUCAAGCUCGGAUUCAGACUCCAGUUCCGAUUCAGACUCAAACUCUGACGCUUACGAUGGUAAUAACAUCAAAAUUAAUGAAACCUCGUCCAGUAAGUCUCCCUUACCUGCGUCGUCGUCAUCUUCGCCGCCGUCAUCUGAGCCGGUGUCCAAGCCUGAGGGUGGUUAUGAUAAUGAUAAUUUUCAACACAGUCAAAGUCCUGCUUUUACGACACAUGUGCGUGCCCUUUCCGACUCCCAAUCAUGGGUACCUCCUGGCCAAGGUAAGGACCGUACACGCCAUAAAAAUCAGAAACGACGUGAGCGGCGCCGAGCAGCGCGUGAAGCCCAAAAUUCAAAGUCUUCCGUCGAUGCACUGGUCUCAGAAUAUCCGUUGGCAAGUGUUGAUCCUAUGGUGCACGGGAAGUUGCCUCCAGGGGGCGGAUCCCUUGAUAUUGAGCCAUCUUCUCCUGCACCGGCUCCUAAGUCAUCAUCCCCUGUGGAAGUAGUUUCUUCCCUCGAGAAUAUCGCGCAACGAAUGCUUUCACGCACGACGGUUGGGCAUCGAAAGCGCCGAAAACGGAGUCAAGCGAACGCCAUGGCACCCUCUUCGACACCCGUAUUUGCGAAAGCUUCAGAUCUUAUCCAACCAACACAUUUGAACCGACCUACUGAACGGAUUCCAUACCCCUCAAAAUUACCGUCUGACGAAUUCCCUUCAAACAUGACCAUCAGCAGUAUUGAUUGUGAGUCAUGGUACGAUCAGCAAUGGUACGACGAAGAACAAGAAUCCGAGGACGUGGAUGAAUCGACGCGUGCCUACAUAAACAUGCAGCGGCAAGUGCAUGCAUCUCUAGCUGAGGAAAAGCGCCUCGAAGAAGAGCAGGUUCGAUUCUACCAAGAUGAUACUCACAUCGAGGAACAAGAGCCCCUUCGAGAAAGUCUUCCGCGUGCUUUUGGACGUGCACGUAACGUGGAGGCCCUCGCUCCUGAACUUGACUAUGGUACACCCUCUCCACAAUCUCUCCCGGUGCAUUCUAAUGCUUCCCAUCCAUUCUUUCGGCGGAUUGAGUCCAUCCGCGCUUCGAUUUACGGUUCAUGA